AUGUCUACCAACCCACCACAGAACGUCCUGCCAUCAUCCCUCCUUGAAUACCGCAGUACCAGUACUGUAGGAGACAAACUCGAAGCUAUCAUCGCGCCUCUGGUUACUGCCUUCCACGAAGGAACACUCACCAGAGCCUGGCCUCACAAGGUCAAGGGCCUGUUGCCCUUGAAUGAUACCUCAAAGCAGAUCCUCCGCACAUUGAACGGUUAUCGUCACCGCAGCUGGCAGGACAUCGAGGUGUAUGCACUGGACUUGGGUCCCAACUCAGGAAUACCGCCACAGAACACUGCAGGCUCCUACAUCGAUCAGUCUAUACCAGAGACCAUGAGGCGCUCGUUGAUCACAUUCAAUGCCUGCACGAUACAGAACAUGUGCCUCUGGAACACUGUGAAGGAACUGGUGCGCAAGCAUCCCGACUUCCUCGCAGUGCAGUGGCUGGUGGUAGAGCCAAAACCACGGCACUUACUGCUCUACCAUGAUCCUGCGACCUCCGAGGGACGCCAUCCGCGCUACUCGACACAUACAAUUUUGAAGAUCAUCGACAAGCAUGGUGAUUCCUGGGUCGUCGAUGCGACCGGUUACCAGUUCGGGUAUCCCUGCUGGUUCUACGGCUGGAUGGAGUACCGCAACAACUUCAUCGACUCCAAUGAACUUGGCUCGAUGGUGGUGUACACCAACUAUCAGAUUGCACAGGUACUGGAGGGCGGCAAUGACGUGUUUUCGCGGUUGGUGACAGGACUGCGUUCAAUGUUUGAGAUGAUUGUUCGGAGAUUUGGGUAUACUUUGCGGGAUUUGGAUGAUUGUGAUUUGGAUCAGCUUGGAAAAGACAUGGCUCUCGGUAUUCGAGAGAUAAUGGAGCCUGCGGAGUGGAAAGGCCUGAUGUAG